AAAACCACGAAAAGUAAGACCGCGUGUUCUAGUUAUCACAUCCUCAGAAGUGGGAUCGAAGAUUUUUUGACGCUCACGAUGGCCAUGCGGAUGAACAAGGAGGAGCUCCUUGAGUGGCUGCAGGAGCAUGAAGUCGAUAUUCCAGCAACGGCGACCAUUCGGCACCUACAUGUUUUAUACGACAGCCAUCCGGCUAAUCAGAUCGCAAAUGAUCCAGAGGAAAAGGACGAGGAACAAGAAGAAGGUCCAUCUGGAUCGGAUGGUGACGAGGAGGAGGCAUUAGAUGACGAGAUUCGGAUUCUAAAGAAGAAGAAGAAGCAAAUUGCAGAUUUGCGUCAAGAACUAGCUCGCAACGAGGCGUUUGUUCGACCACCGGAGUUCCAGGAUGUAAUGUGCCUUGUGUCAUUGUUUACCGGUAGUGAUUCGUAUGUUCCCGAGAGAUGGUUGGACGACUUUGAAAGAGCAUGCGAUUCAGUGGGAGGAGAUGCUACUUUCCGGCUGAAGUGUAUUCGUAGGCUAAUGAGACCGGGUACAUAAGCUGAAUGAUUUUUGCGUGUGGACCGUUCUAUCACGUACGCUCAAUUUCGUAACAGUUUUCUUCUAAACUUCGGCCACACAUUCACGGUGACAGAAAUCAUCGACCGGCUCCGGAAAACCACUUUCUCCAGUUGCAAGACAUCGGUGAUGGGCUACAUCCUAAAGAUGCAGGAGACUGCAAUUGACGAAGCUCAAACAGUGCAAAUGAUCGUCGAUGGAUUCCGUGAUCGAUCUGCUGAUAUUUCCGUACUUUACCCAGCUAAGGAUUUGACGGAACUAAAACAACUAGCACGACGGUAUACGCAGCUUCGCGAAAUACGUACCAGUGCGACUCGUGCAACGUCAUCCUCUUCAUAUUCCGGAAGUAUCAAACCGCAGAUCAAGAAAGUUUCCGAUUCCGAAUUACGUUGCUACAACUGUUUCGGCAAAGGACACAUUUCCGCUCGUUGUACGGAGCCUCGCCGGGAGCCAGGCUCAUGUUUCCGUUGUGGUUCCGGCGAACAUGUCAUCAGGAACAAGGAGCAACUGAGUGCUGCUCUCUCCGAAUUGAACUUGUCCGAUCAAUCUGGUUAAACGUUCCGCAGUGCCCAUUGAGCUAAUUCCAGUCGAUGAAAAGUUCUCAGGAUUCCGUAGUAUUGGGAAUUUUCCGUUAUGUACGUAUGCUGUCAUUCCGGCUUAUGUUACGUAUGGGUCUCAUUCUGAGCAGUUAAAGUUCUAUGUUGUUCCUGAUCAUUUUAUGAUCCAUCCCAUUUUACUGGGACGGGCAUUUUUAAAAGCCUUUGGCAUUAUCUUGUUUAAUACACGUUCAAAUAAAUACAAAAUUGAAAUAAAAAAUGAAAACGAAAUACAAAUUUUGGAUAACAAAUUACAUUGUGUAUACGAUAUGUCCCGAAGAUCUUUGAACUUCAUGAGAAGUUGUCCCACCUGUGUGACUCAUCUUUGUA